AUGGCCCCCGCUUUACCGCGCGGGCCCUUUGCAUCCGCUCCGGAAAUCGAGGAGGAGGGAAGCGCGCUGCGACCUGUCGAACCCAGGACCGGCGCAUCUACUAGCGCCGUCGUCAACGGCGCAUCCACCGGCGCUACCACCGGUGGCGGCGGCGCAAGCGGGGUUAGCGGAGUGGUUGCGGCGGAGACGAAAAGGGGGAGGCUGCGGAAACCAGGGCGGAGAGAUUUGGGGGACAGCAGCACGGGGGAAGACUCGGAGGGGUUUUUGAGCGGAAAGGAGGAUGGGGGGGAGGGGCGGGGGUUGCUGAAGGGAAUCCUGAAGCGCGGUGGUGGGGGGAGUCAGGGGGGGGCAGGGAGUGUGGGGGGAAGCGGAAGCGGAGGAAGGUUCGGGUCGAGUUUGUCAGAGGAGGAAUGGAAGGAGUAUUUCAAGAGGAGCCUUACGGAGAUUUUCAUGGGGUCAAAGCUGAACGUGCUGAUGCCGUUUAUCGUGAUCUCGAUUGUGUGCGUGCAGCUGGAAGUGUCACAGGGCUACAUAUUCCUCUUUUCUCUCCUUGGAAUCGCUCCCUUGGCGGAAAGGCUAGGAUAUGUCACUGAGCAACUCGCACUCUACACCGGUCCAACCUUGGGCGGGCUGCUGAACGCCACGUUUGGCAACGCCACGGAGCUGAUCAUCAGCGUGUUUGCGCUGCGCAACGGCAUGAUCCGCGUGGUGCAGCUGUCGCUGCUGGGCUCCAUCCUCUCCAACAUGCUGCUCGUGCUCGGCUGUGCCUUCUAUGCUGGAGGGCUGCGCUACCGCGAGCAGAAGUUCAACAAGACGGCAGCACUGGUGAACUCCGGGCUGCUGCUGAUGGCAGUGAUGGGCCUCGCCCUCCCCGCCAUUCUGCACUCCACACACACGGAGAUCCGAGACAACGACUCGGAGCUUGCCCUUUCGCGCAUCAGCAGCUGCAUCAUGCUCGCAGCCUACGGCGCGUACCUCUACUUCCAGCUCAAGUCCCACGUGCAUCUGUAUGAUGAGAACGCGGGCGGGGAUGCGGCGGGGAGUGCAAAGGCGGGCAAGGCGGCCGUGAUUGGCACGUGCAAUAGUCCGAGGAUGAAGAUGGUGCAUCCAGGAGCGACCACGAUUGCCAGCCCUAGGGACCUGGAGGUGGGCAAGGAGGACGACGAAGAGGAGGAAGAGGAGGAGGAGGUGCUGGGGCUGUGGGGGUCCAUAGUGUGGAUGGGCAUCGUCACCAUCUUCAUCGCCAUCCUCUCGGAGUAUCUAGUCGACGCCAUUGAGGGAGCGAGCAACAGCUGGGACAUGCCAGUGGCGUUCAUCAGUGUGGUCAUCCUGCCCAUCGUGGGCAAUGCAGCGGAGCACGCCUCUGCUAUCAUCUUCGCCAUCAAAAACAAGCUUGACAUUGCUCUUGGUGUUGCCAUUGGGUCCUCUACACAAAUCUCCAUGUUUGCGAUUCCGCUAUGUGUGGUGCUAGGAUGGGCCAUGGGAGUGCCAAUGGAUCUCAACUUCCACAUAUUCGAAACGGCCACUCUCUUUGUCACCGUGCUUGUCGUGGCGGCCUUGCUUGCUGAAGGAGAAGCUAAUUAUUUCAAGGGCAUCAUGCUGGUGCUCUCACGCACCAUGGCCGCUGUUACAGCAAUGGCAGCAGCAACCCUGCCUGUUCUGUGUAGCGCGUCGCGACAUUUCCAGUCGGGCGCAAGUGUGUGCAGGAGCGAGUCAACCACAGCACGGCUCACACUGAGAAGUAGAGAGCUGCGGCAUCAACGUCUUGUAGUACGGGCAGCUAAGGGAGGGAAAAGCGGUUCUGAGGAGGAUGAGGGGCCCAAGCUGAGCUCCGCGGAGAGGCUAGCGGCACUGGAGGAGAGGCUGGGGAAGGGCAAAAGCACUAUUUGGAGUGUCACACCAGAGCCUGAGCCGACACCUCCCCCGAAGGCUGCAGAGCCUGUCUUUAGGAUGUCGGGUGAGAAGUCGAGUUUUGAGAAGCUGGUAGAAGCAUGGCUGGCCAAGGAAGGUGGCCUUGCCAAGCUCAACGAUUUUGCGUACAAGGCCAUUUUUGUUCUGGCUGGUGCGUGGAUCCUCUUCCGAUUCAUUGGACCAGCUACCGGCCUGUAUUCCCUUGAGGAUUCUCUGUUUGGUUAA